CUCCCAGUUACCGCCCACUCUCCAUACUCUUUUCAUAAUGAAGCUAGCCCCGUUCCUCAUUCCCUUCAUCGCCACAACAGUGACAGCAAGCCUCGCUGGCGAAGCCCUCUCCUGGGCCGGCCAGCUGGUCGGCGGUGGACGUGGCGCCCUUGCCACCGGCGAUGGACCCGUCAGGACUGAGAACUCUUGGAGCUAUGUUGACUGUGGAUUGGCCACUGACGCGAUCCAACUCAAGUCAAUCAAGGUCCACCCAGACCCUCCUGUCCCCGGAAAGAACCUCACUGUCACCGUCGAAGGUGAUGUCCUCGAGACUAUUGAGGAAGGCGCCUAUGUUGACGUCACCGUUAAGCUUGGUCUAAUCAAGCUGUUGCAGAAGGAAUUUGACGUUUGUGACGAAGCCCGUCAUGCGAACGCGUCUGUCCAGUGUCCUGUUCAGCCUGGUCCUUAUACUGUUACCGAGACCGUUGAGCUUCCACAGGAAAUUCCCAAGGCCAAGUUCUCCGUCCUGGUCAGGGGUUACACUGUUGACGACGAGGACAUGGUUUGCUUGGAUCUGUUUGUUGAUUUUAUGAAGAAGUAAUUCUUGAUUCUUCCCAUGGAUCAAUGACAUUUAUUGCGGCCCAAUACCGACCUGAAAGACUUUGUUAGAGGAACACAGUGCUACCAAAUAGAACCAGUCUAUCAGAUAUUUUGCGUUGUUAUUGUACCAUGCAUCAUUACUCAAAAGUUUGGUCUAG